AUGGCAGAAGCUUUGAUGAACCAAAAGCAACAUAUUGAGACCAUUAUUUCUAAGCAAUCAAGUGAAGUCAAAAAAGAAUAUCGAACUCGGUUGGAUGCAUCAAUAGCUUCUGUACGAUUUCUUUUACGGCAAGGACUUGCAUUUCGUGGACAUGAUGAAUCUAAUGCCCCUGAAAAUCUAAAAUUAACAUCACCUGACAUUCAGUUUGAUAUCAUUAAUGCUGCUGCAGAGCAAAUGGCUAUUGUGUUGCGUUAUGUGGAUAAGAAUGGACAUCUUAUUGAACGAUUCAUUGUCAUUGAACAUGUUUCUACCACCACAACUUUGACUCUUAAGGCUACGAUUGAUAAACUAUUUUCAAGAUAUGGGUUGAUUAUCUCAAUGAUAAGAAGACAAGGUUAUGAUGGAGCAAGUAAUAUGCAAGGCGAGUUCAAUGGUCUAAAAGCACUAAUUUUGAAGGAAAAUUCUUGUGCUUUUUACAUUCAUUGCUUUGCUCAUCAACUACAAUUAGCUCUUCUAGCUGUGGCUAAAAAACAUAUUUAG